AUGUCGCAGUCACUAUUCUAUGGAAUUUUUGCAUUCCAAUGGUUAAUGUACCUCUGGGAAACAUACCUGUCAUGGAGACAAUAUCGUGUCCAUUUAUUAACUGAAAAAAGACCCAAAAAUGCUGAAAAAAUAAUGGAAGAAUCAGAGUAUGAUAAAGCACGUCUUUAUAAAUUAGAUAAACAUCGGUUUGGUUUUGUACAAUCAAUGUUUACUCAUGUUAUAAAUUGUUUAAUUUUAUGGUAUGAAGUUCUUCCAUUAAUGUGGAACAUUUCAGCGACAAUCAACGAAAAAUUUGGUCUCACUGGAGAGAUGUCACAAUCAUUAACCUUUCAAACUGUCAAUUCAUUAGUAACUUUUGUUACAGGACUUCCAUUUUCUUAUUAUGAUACUUUUAUCAUUGAACAAAAGCAUGGUUUUAACAAACAAACAUUACCUUUCUUUGUUAAAGAUAAAAUUAAGGGUCUUGUUGUUGGUCUUGUUAUCAUGAUUCCUGUUAUAGCUGCUGUUAUAUGGAUUGUAGAGAAUAGUGGUGAUUAUUUGUUUGUUUAUGCAUGGAUAUUUGUUUCAAUUAUUGUUUUCUUAUUAAUGACUAUUUAUCCUGAAUUUAUUGCUCCACUUUUUGAUAAAUAUACACCACUUCCUGAUGGUGAAUUAAAAACUAAAAUAGAAAAUUUAGCUAAAAGUGUUAGUUAUCCAUUAACAAAAUUGUAUGUUGUUCAAGGUUCUAAAAGAUCAUCUCACUCUAAUGCUUAUAUGUAUGGAUUUUGGAAAAAUAAAAGAAUUGUCCUUUUUGAUACAUUAUUAUCAGCUGAAGAGAAUGAAAAAUUAAAAGCAAUAUUAGCAGAGGAUAAGACUAAAAAGGAUACUGAAGAGGAAGAAACUCUUAAAGAGAAUGAGGACAGGAAAGAUAAGGGUAUGACAAAUGAUGAGGUUGUUGCUGUCCUUGGACAUGAACUUGGACAUUGGGCAUUAAUGCAUACAGUAAUUAAUUUAAUAGUUAUGGAACUUAAUCUUUUCCUUCUUUUCUUUGUAUUUGCAUAUUUUUAUCGCUGGAAAGCUAUAUAUGAUGCUUUUGGUUUUUCAACUCAACCAACAAUAAUAGGUUUAAUAGUUGUUUUCCAAUUUAUAACAGCUCCAUACAAUGAAUUAGUAGAAUUUUUAAUGACAUGGUAUACCCGUAAAAUGGAAUUCCAAGCUGAUGAGUACUCAUUUAAUCUUGGUUAUGGUGAUUUAUUGUGUAGUUCAUUAAUAAAACUUGGAAAAGAUAACCUAUCAUUACCUGUCAAUGAUCCUUUAUAUGCAAGUUUCCAUCACUCUCAUCCAUCUAUAAUUCAUCGUAUUGAACGUAUCAAUUUAUUAAAAGAUAAACAAAAAAAGUCGAAUUGA